AUGGCCCAAUGGGAUCAAUUGUUUGCGAUUCAUAGUUCAAGGCCCGCAAUAAUCUUAGAAGAUUGGAAAGGGAAGUCUUACCUGCUGAUUGAUGAGAGAAGGCGGAGAAGAGGAGGAGAGAGCACCGACGAUUGCAAUAAUGAGAGAAGGCGAGAGCAGUGGGGAGUUAGAGGAGACAUCGGCGCGAGCAGUGGGGAAGCGGACGAAGAGGAGAAGAGGAGGAGAGCACCGGCGGCGGCGAGAAUAUCACCAYCUACAUCCARAAAGCCGUAUGCUUUGGAARAARCUUGUACAGUUUGGGAAGGGGUUUUGAUUGAUAAAAAAGAAGAAUCUACUUCAACCGAUAUGCCCUUAGGCACGACCAUACAUAACAUAGAAAUCACACUUGGAAAGGGUGGACAAUUAGUUAGAGCAGCGGGUGCUGUAGCGAAACUGAUUGCAAAAGAAGAGAAAUCGGCCACAUUAAAAUUACCUUAUGGGGAGGUCCGUUUGAUAUCCAAAAACUGCUCAGCAACAGUCGGACAAGUGGGGAAUGUUGGGGUAAACCAGAAAAGUUUGGGUAGAGUCGGAUUUAAGCGUUGGCUAGGUAAGCGCCCUGUAGUAAGAGAGGUAGUUAUGAACGCUGUAGACCAUCCACAUGGGGGUGGUGAAGGAAGGGCCCCAAUUGGUAGAAAAAAACCCACAACYCCUUGGGGUUAUCCUGCACUUGGAAAAAGAAGUAGWAAAAGGAAUAAAUAUAGUGAUAAUUUGAUUCUUCGUCGCCGUAGUAAAUAGGAGAGAAAAUAGAAUUUCUUUCUUCGUCUUUACAAAAAAAA